AAAUGCAAUGGAGGAGUGCCUGGAAUCAAUUACCAGACACUUUUAGCAAGUGUUUAGCAAGCCAUUAUAGCAAUGGCUUUACUCAAAAAUUUUCCCUCUACAUACUUUUGAGAGACCUUAUUCUCAGCGUUAAAUAAUUUCAAAACCAAUAAAAGAAACAGAUUGACAGAUGAAAUUAGUAGCACUUGCUUGGACUUGAAAUGUACAAAAUACCGACCUUCAAUUGAAGAUUUAGCCAAUGAAAUUCAGCAACAAAAAAGUCACUAAGAGGUAGGUUAGUUAAAGAAUUCUCCGUCCCCCUUACUUAUCUUACUUCACAGCACACCACAGAAGUUAAAUAAUAACAAGACCAACAAAAGAAAUCAACUGACAGAUGAAUAAAGAAGUCACUAAGCAGCCCUUCCCUGGGACCGCUCCGCCGGUGUGGGGAUUCCUCGGACAUGGCCCACAGUGCGUUGCUGGCCUGGGCCUGGGCCCUGGCGCUGGGAGCCGUGCCAGGAGCCCAAGCAGGCUGUGCGGAGCUUGGUCGUUGCUGUCCAGGACGAGACCUGACUUGCGUCUUUCGGGAUUGGGCAGAGGCGGCAGGACCCUCGUUGGGCACUCAGCUCUGCUACUGUGACCAGGAAUGCAUUACCGCCCGGGACUGCUGCCCGGAUUAUACGAGUGUCUGCCCAGCUGUGACCUGUGUAGUGUCAGAGUGGAGCAGCUGGAGCCGGUGUAUUGAGCCCUGCACCAUCAGUUUUCGAGUUCGGAGGAGAAGAGUCCUAAGAGAGCCCAGGAACGGUGGUGGCCGCUGCCCCCCACUGGAAGAGAGGGCUGGCUGUGUGGAAUACUGGAGCCAUCAGGGUGUGGAGUGCCAACAGGCCCUGAUCCCAGCUCUCAUAACCACUGGGGCCUUCCGGAAUGGGAGGAAAAAGAGGGCCCUGGCCUACGAGAGAAAGUCAACUGGGUAUUGUGUCAUGUUCCGGCUUGUGACCAUCGCUGUGGGCUGCCUUCAGACAAGAGCCCCCUACACUCAGUGGAUGAGGUACCUCACCCAAGGGCAUACGGUCUGCGUGUUUUGUGAGCCUCCUGCCCUGGAUAUGAAAAGCCUUCGAUGCUAUGGGGAUGGUAAAGGAUCUAGAGGGGACCAGCUGCUUCAGUGGCAAGCUGUUGGCAAUCCCAGCUGUAGAGGGACCUGGAAGAAAUUUCAGCAGCUGGAAGCCUGUUCCUGCCCUGCUGUCCACAACUUCCUGUUUGUCUAGGGGCCGUGAACUUGUGCUAUGUGUCCAUGGAGGGCCUCUGAACUUUGGGAUACCAGUAGAUGGUACCUUCUUCCAACAACUUGCUCCCCUAAGACUGAAAGCACCCCAUGUCUUACAUUCUUUUGGCCACGUGAAGGUCCUCUUCACUUUUCUCCCUACUGGUCUUCAAAACACUGGAAAUCUCCAUCCUCACUCCUUUCCAUUUUCUGUGCUUUUUAUUUUUUUGCCCCCCCCCUUUGACUUAUACUAAUGUGACCAGAAACAUUGCUGUAGAGAAUAAAGAUGUUUUGGAGAAACUAUAA